AUGCGGUUGAUGGAGAUGAGCACAGCAGUGACAACAAACAACGGCAUGAAUAGGUUAGAGAAGGACAACUUUAUGCGUAUACACUUGCAGCACAAGUAUACACUUCUCCACCAUCUUUCUUCUGCAGACGUAACACACUUAUCUGGUUUAUACCUAAAGAGUUUUUAUAACGCUGUGAAGAGGAAUAGAGUCGUGCUGCCUAACAUAAUCUGCGAUGGCGAUGUAAAGUUCUGUGGAUCGUGUGGUAUCGUGUACGUAGCCGGUGUCAACUUGCAAGCACAUGUCCAGGAGACAAGCCAGGAAGACGGCAUUGUCAAAAAGGAACUAGUGUACAAAUGCCUGAAAUGCUCACAUGAAAAACGGUUUGUUCUCUCUCAAAGUGAUCCGCCAGUACCGAAGGCGCCUUUUGUUGCCAAGUGGCCCUCGAAGGAGAAUUCUAAAUCCAGCAUAGCUAAAUCCUCUGGUAGGGAAAGGGCUAAGAAAAGGAAAAAGAACAUGCUAAGCAACUUGCUGGCGGCCAAGAAGCAGCACGAAAGCACCAAGGGGAAAGUUUCACUACAGCUAGAGGACUUCAUGAAAAGUUAG